AUGGCUUUUGUUUCAGAGGAAGAAAAAACUGAGGAUUACCUUUUCAAGAUUGUACUAGUUAGUGAUUCAGCUAUUGGGAUAUCGAAUUUACUUGCAAGAUUUGCUGGGAAUGAGUUCUACCCAAAUUCAAAGUCAACCAUAGUAGUAGAGUUUCAAACUCAGAAGUUAGAUAUAAAUGGGAACGAAGUUAAGGUUCAUCAAGCAGGAUUGAGAGGUGAAAAGAUCGAUGUUGUUGUUAAGGUGCAACAUCCGAGAAUCCGGGAUCUUAUGAUGACCGACAUCCGUAACUUGCAAGCAUUUGCACUAUACAUUCAGAAGAAUGAUGUCAAAUUUGAUCUGUUUUCCGUUACCAAGGAAAUGGAAAAGAAGGUAGAGCAAGAAGGCGAUGAAGUUUGA